AUGUCACUCCCCGGGACACAAGAUACGCUUGCACGAACCCUCCUCAGGUCUGCAAUCCACCCUGAAAACAUCGUCAUCGUCAAUCAGUCAGGGUCGCCCGUGGAAAUAGACUGGGAAACCGAGGCAAAUACCAUAGCCCACGCAUGGUACAGUGGCCAGGAGGUUGAUAACACUCUCUGCGAUAUUCUCAUUGGUAUGGUUAGCCCAUCAGGUCGGCUACCUAUCAGCUGGCCGUUCAAACAUACCGACUUGGACUUCCAAAAAUUAAGCACACGUGGCCUGGUACAGACGAACAAAUAUUCUAUUCCGAAGAGAUUUUUGUUGGGUAUCGCUGGUAUCUUCAUCAUGGGGUCAAGCCGAGAUAUUGGUUCGGUUAUGGCCUUGGAUACUCAACUUUCGAUAUCUCCAAGCUUGAGAUAUCGAAGACAACCUCAGGGUGGGAUCUCAUUGUGGAGGUGA